GUGUGCAGUCCGGCAGUCCGUGCUGGGCAGCGCAUGGCAACAGGUCGGGCAGCGCAACGCCCGCAUCCGUAGCCACAUCCUCGAAGGCGCAAUCUGAAUCGGCAACUGAAUCUGAAUCCGAAAUCGGCAUCCUCGUGGACGCCAAGCGAGCACAGUUUGUUUUCCUUUUGACAGGACAUCGGGGGAACUCCCGGGCAAACGAAUUGCGCGCGCUUAAAAUAACGGUUUCCCGCAUUAAUUCUUCAGCAUCCUUGGAGUGUCGCAUCCGAAUCGCAGAGCCCUUUUUAGGCGGGCGUCGGGGCGGAAAUGCGUGCCGCGCCUCUGCCACCGCCUCUGCAAUUAGCCGGAUCCGGUGAACAGGCGGACAAGAUGCGUCUGCUGUCCUGAACGCCCUGUGCCCGCUGAGAAACGCCAGAAUGACGGGGGCCAACAUCGACUACGACUACCUGCUCAAGUUCCUGGUCCUCGGAGACUCCGGCGUGGGCAAGACCUGCCUGCUCUACCAGUACACGGAUGGCCGGUUCCACACCCAGUUCAUCUCCACCGUGGGGAUCGACUUCCGCGAAAAGCGGCUGCUGUACAACUCCCGCGGACGCCGCCACCGCAUCCACCUGCAGAUCUGGGACACCGCCGGGCAGGAGCGCUUCCGGUCGCUGACAACCGCUUUCUACCGCGACGCCAUGGGCUUCCUGCUCAUCUUCGACCUGACCAGCGAGAAGAGCUUCCUGGAGACGGCCAACUGGCUGUCGCAGCUGCGGACGCACGCCUACUCGGAGGAUCCGGACGUAGUGCUCUGCGGCAACAAGUGCGAUCUCCUCCAGCUGCGCGUGGUCAGCCGGGAGCAGGUGGCGGGCCUCUGCCGGCGCUAUCGGCUGCCCUACAUCGAGACGAGCGCCUGCACCGGGGCCAAUGUGAAGGAGGCUGUCGAUCUCCUGGUUGGGCGCGUCAUGGAGCGGAUCGAGAACGCCGCCUGCAACCGGGAGUUCUCCCUGCUCCUCACGCAGUCGCGCUGCCUGCCGAACAUCGCUUACGGGCCACCGGAGGACCAGCUGCGCCUCCAUGACCGGCGGGAGGAGCACCCUUCUCGGCGCAACUGUCGCAAUUGUUAGAUGGGUCAUGGUCAUCCCGAAUCUCAAAACUCGGCCCGCUUUGUUCCUUCACUCUUGUUUCCGAAUCUAAGUGUGUUUCGCUGUAAAUAAAUGUUGAUUGUUGA